GUUUACCUUGUUUUUCUUCGGUUCAUUUCGCUUCACGAAUCAAACUUAGAAUCUGAGAUCGAAAAAGCCCACCCGGAUCCGAUUCUAUACACGGGUCGGAGCCGGUGAUUCUCGCUCUCGUGAUCUUUCCCCACAUUUGUUCCCGCAUUUGAUCCGGCGGGUGCUCGAGAGGAUGCUGCUUAGCUUGAAUUUCAGGUUAUGAAUCACAAUCUCGGUAACAAUGUCGCGUUUUCCCCGAGAAUCAAUGGAGGAUUCGUCGAUGGAAGACCCAAGUAUCUCUCUUCGUCCGGCUAUAUGCUAUCGCCCUAUAAACCCUUCUGAUUUGGAGCGUUUGGAGCAAAUCCAUCGUGAUAUAUUCCCAAUCAGGUAUGAGUCUGAGUUUUUUCAGAGUGUUGUGAGCGGAUGUGAUAUCGUGUCAUGGGGUGCUGUUGAUCGGAGCAGACCUGAUGGUCACCGUGAUGAACUUAUUGGAUUUGUUACCGCGAAAAUCGUUCUUGCGAGAGAAAGUGAGAUAGCAGAUCUAAUUCGAUAUGACUCAACAAAGGGAGAGGAGACGUUGGUGUACAUUCUGACACUUGGAGUUGUAGAGACCUAUAGGAAUCUCCGCAUAGCUUCUUCCCUUAUUAACGAGGUCAUCAAAUAUGCUUCUGGUAUCCCUACGUGUCGUGGAGUUUACCUCCAUGUGAUUGCUCACAACAAUCCCGCCAUCCGUCUAUACACAAGAAUGUCGUUCAGAUGUGUACGGAGGUUACAUGGGUUUUACUUGAUCAGUGGCCAGCAUUUUGAUGCAUACUUGUUUGCCCGCUUCAUUAACGGAGCUCGCUCCCCUUGCUCACCCUUGGAGAUUGUGAUGUUGGUUGUGAAUUAUAUGAGGAGUGGGCUCAAAUCUGUGGCAUCUAAGCUAAAGAAGAAGGAAGAAGGCAAGGGGCUGAAAUGGAUCAAAUGCAAAGACACAAGGUGUCUCUUGCCCACGCAACAAACCAAACGAAACCUUGUGUCCGAACGAGCUUCAUCAUCCCCAUACGAAUGCGUCUAAUAAUAACAAGAAUCUCAUCCGUAUAUGCCGUUCACUCCCAUUGUCUGUUUCUAUUGUGCUCUGUGCAAUAAACCAUCCAAAAAUGUAAAUAGCCUUUGUUUACUAUGAAAUGGACGCAUUUGUAUCGUUGGUGGGUUUAUGGAAUUUGGAUCUGUGUUGUUGGGUACGAAGGGUCGAGUUGGUCUUUUGUAAUGAAUUCUCAUUUAUACGUACCUUGAUUUCUUGAUUA